CAGGGUUGAGUGUCUCUCAACCACGAACCAACCCAACCAAACCGUCAGAGGACGAACAUCGAAAGCACAGCAGCAGAGAGAGCCUCGGGCGAUGAGCAGCGGCUCGGGCCGCACCAGUAGGAAGGGUAGCUUGGGAAGCAUCGACGGCAGCAGCAAUGAAGCUCGAACCGUCGGCACCCUCCUGGCCGCCAUCGCGAGAUGCCUAACCGAGGCCGUGCGCAUCCUCAUGUUCGCCGACAAACGGCAAUGGGGCCCCGACGAGUUUGAGCAGACCCGCGUGCUCGAGGAAGCCCUCGACGAAGCCAAAAAGGACUUCCAAGAGAUGGCGCCGCUAGUACACGGGCAGUUCUACUACGAAAACGACCGAUCCCCCGAAUCCCUCCACGCCCUACAAACCUUGCUCACCCGCUUCCAAUUCCACACGCAAAACUUCCGCGACUGGGCGCGCCAGGGCGGGCCCAUCAACCCGGUGUGGGCGCGCGAGACGGCCCAGCUGCGCCGCGACCUCCACCGCGCCCAGUGCCGCGCCGCCAGCCGCAUCUUCGCCGCCGAGCAGGACGCCGCCCGCUGCCUCGGCGCCUUCCAGGUCUACCGCCUCCUCAAGCGCAACCAGGCCGCCCGCGCGCAGCUGCCUGCGUGGCAGACCGGUGGGCAGGCGACUGCUGGUGGCGGGGGUGAGGGGUUGGAGGCGGCGCGCCGGCCGGGGGAUUUGGCGGCCGCGGGGCGGGGUUCGGAUGAGGACGUUACUGGUGGUGGUGGUGGUGCUGGUGCUGGGGGGGGAGACGCAAACGCAGUGAGGAGGCGGCGGAGCUUGGAGGAGCUCGUGCCGAGCUGUAAUGCGGUGGGGCGGUUCCAGGUGCUGGGGGAGUCGCACGACGCGGCGUUCGUGUGCGAUUUCUGCGAGGGGUACAUCGUCUGGCCGGACCUAUCGAGCAUACCGUCGGAGCGGACGCCGCUGGCGCCGACGGCCGUGACGGGCUAUCCGCACUGGCAGGCGAAGGGGGUCAGUGCCGAUAACGGGGAGGAGAAGGUGGUCGUGUUUGCACCGCUGGCGAUUGCGAACCAUAUGCCCCCGGAACCGGGGGGUUGGCAGGCUGGCCUGAUGUGUCCGUUUUGCGAGGAGGAUACAUACCUUGACGAAGGGGAGGACAGCUCCGAGCUCAAGUACGUUCAGGACGAAGGGGGGUUUCCGGAUUUGGAGUCGUUUCGGGAGCAUCUGGAGUGGUACCAUACGGCCAUGCCGGUACCCCCGAUAUCAUCUUUGGCUUCAACCCUGCCAUCGGCGUCAAAUUGUAGCGUUAUGUAAUGGUGUUUGGGCGUUAGCUUGGGGGGGGUUGGCUUUGGGGUAAAGCACGGAGUUUCGGGACGGGUAGCGUCAAAAUGGUUGGGACAAGUUUUCCAAGAUACACAAUACUAUUGCUCGAAUCAGCAGGGCCACAUU